UAUUGGAACGUUAAGGCCUACCUCUAAGCACCGUACAGCGACUUCUAAUGACGAAAUGAAUCAAAGAAAGAAGAGAGAAAAAGAAUUGACCAAUGGUCCUCGGAAAGAGGUCUCUUCCACAGAGGAAUGCAUAGGGCCAAUGCGACUGACCCAAGAACCUAUUCAGGUCCUGCUGGUCUUUGCGAAAGAGGACAGCCAGAGCGACGCUUUCUGGUGGGCGUGCGAUCGCGCUGGCUUCAGGUGCAGCAUCGCCCGGACCCCAGAGUCUGCCGUGGAGUGCAUCCUGGACAAACACCAUGAGAUCAUCGUCGUUGACGGAAGACACCCGCGCUACUUUGAAGCUGAAGCAGUCUGCAGGUCAAUCCGUGCCACCAAGCCUUCUGAGCAUGCUGUCAUUUUAGCUGUGGUUCCACAAAUCCCACAGGAUCAGGAAGAGCCCUCGGUCCUGCCUCUUCUUAACGCAGGGUUCAGCAGGAGAUUUGUGGAGAACAGCACUGUCUCUGCCUGCUACAAUGAGCUCAUCCAGAUUGAGCAUGGGGAAGUACGCUCACAGUUCAAACUGAGGGCCUGUAACUCCGUGUUCACAGCACUGGAGCACUGCCAGGAGGCAGUGGAGAUCACCAGUGAAGACCAUGUCAUCCAGUAUGUGAACCCUGCCUUUGAGAAGAUGAUGGGGUACCACAAAGGAGAGCUCAUUGGCAAAGAGCUGAUGGAAUUGCCGAAGAGUGACAAAAACAGAGCCGACCUCCUGGACACAAUCAACACCUGCAUAAGGAAAGGCAAGGAGUGGCAGGGCAUUUACUAUGCGAGGCGGAAGUGUGGAGACAGCAUACAGCAGCAUGUUAAAAUCACCCCCGUCAUCGGCCAAGGAGGGAAAAUCCGACAUUUUGUGUCAAUCAAGAGACCACACAGUGACAACAAUAAACAGGUGCACAAGAUCGGCCGGGAUGAAAGAUACAGUGGAGAAAAUUCCCAAUCAGAAUGCCAAUCCCUGCGUCACAAGGACCGGAGGAAAGAGUCGGUUGACAUCAGAUCCAUCAGCUCCCGGAGCAGCGAUGCUCCAAGUUUACAGAACCGCAGGUACUCUUCAGUGGCCAGGAUCCAUUCAAUGACAAUAGAAGCACCAAUCACAAAGGUCAUAAACAUCAUCAACGCGGCCCAGGAGAGCAGUCCGGUGACGGUGGCCGAGGCGCUGGACCGCGUUCUGGAGAUCCUGAGAACCACCGAGCUGUACUCACCCCAGCUGGCCUCCAAAGAGGAUGACCCCCACACCAACGACCUUGUGGGGGGGCUGAUGAGCGAUGGUUUACGGCGCCUCUCUGGGAACGAAUACGUCUUCUCAAAAAAUAUCUCCCAGUGUCAGCUGGCCAUGCCCGUCACGCUUAACGACAUCCCGCCCUCCAUCGCCGAAAUGCUGGACGGGGAGGACCACUGGGAGUUUAACAUCCUGGAGCUGGAGGCCGCUACCCACAAGAGGCCCUUAACCUACCUCGGUUUGAAAAUCUUCACCCGUUUCGGCAUGUGCGAGUUCCUGAACUGCACAGAGGCCAUGUUGCGGUCCUGGCUUCAGGUCAUUGAGGCCAAUUACCACUCCUCCAACUCCUACCACAACUCCACACACGCCGCUGAUGUUCUUCAUGCUACCGCCUACUUCCUCCGCAAGGAGAGGGUCAAGGGCAGUCUGGACCAGCUGGACGAGGCAGCGGCGCUGAUAGCGGCCACGGUGCACGACGUGGACCACCCGGGCCGCACCAACUCCUUCCUGUGCAACGCGGGCAGCGAGCUGGCCAUCCUGUACAACGACACGGCCGUGCUGGAGAGCCACCACACAGCCCUGGCCUUUCAGCUCACCGUGCGCGACAGCAAGUGCAACAUCUUCAAGAACUUGGAGAGGACUCAGUUCCGCACCCUGAGGCAGUCCAUCAUUGACAUGGUGUUGGCCACGGAGAUGACUCGCCACUUUGAGCACGUCAACAAGUUUGUCAACAGCGUCAACAAGCCAAUGACAGCCAUGGAGGAGUCCAGCUCCAACAGUGAAGGCAGUGACUGUGAGGGUCAAGCCAGCAUCAGGAACUCCCCAGAGAACCGUCUUCUCAUCAAGCGCAUGAUGAUCAAGUGCGCAGACGUGGCUAACCCCUGCCGCCCCAUGGAGCUCUGCAUCGAGUGGGCAGGGCGCAUCUCUGAGGAGUACUUCGCCCAGACUGAUGAAGAGAAGAGGCAGGGUCUGCCGGUGGUCAUGCCUGUCUUUGACCGGAACACCUGCAGCAUUCCCAAGUCUCAGAUCUCCUUCAUUGACUACUUCAUCACGGACAUGUUUGACGCCUGGGAUGCCUUUGCCAGUCUGCCCGGAUUGAUGGAGCACCUUUCAGAGAACUACAAGUACUGGAAGGGUCUGGAUGAGAUGAAGUGCAAGAGCUUAAGACCCCCCCCACCCCCCUGACCCAUGCCCCCUGUAGCCAAAGGGGGUCCAUGAAUGUAGCCCGACACUCUUUUUAACCUCCCCACUGUGAUACAACAAUAUGUCCGCCAAACACUGGCCUCAAACCAGGAACUGGAGGCCAUGAUUGAGGCCGAAAACCAAGAGGAAGAGCCCCUUGGACCGUCUCUCUUGACAAUCUUUCCCGGUUUAAAGGGUGAAUAUGCUCAACUCGCACUUUACUAGAAGGAGAGUUCUCUAUCUUUGCAGUUUUUUGUGUUUUUUUUUUACCAUUAUUAUUUAGCACCGUAUUAAUAUCUUGACAGAGGGAGACGAAAAACAAUGGUCCGCUGCAUCAGUUUCCUACAACUUAACCUGUUUCUUCAAAGAGGAAAAAAUACUAUGGGUAGAAUACUUCUACCAGAAUGGGACAUCUGGAAAGACAUGGUACAACACAACAACAUAACUCAAGAUCACACCUGAGCAUUCAUUUUGAAAGCUUCAAUUCCCUCUUUUAAUUUUUACUAAGCCAGCUUGAAGUAUUUCAUUUAUACGGACACUAAUAAGCCAUUCUGGUGAGUUAUGCUCUGUGGUUAUUGCCAAAAUCUGAGCAGUAAGAGCUCUUUUGUUUAGUAUACUGCUGCAGCUAACUACUGUGAUCUUAAAUUACUGUAAUAUACAUCAGAAUACGAGAGCUCCCUCAUAACCUUCUGAUAGCAUAGUUUCUGAGAAGUCUAUUAAUGGGACUAGCACUUAUGAACAAAUGAAAAACCCAGCCCAGCUCUCUGAGGUCUUUGAUUUUUCAGUUUUUAUGUAUAUUUUUUAUUGAGGUUGUUUUAAAGCAGACUUUGUUCAUUGUGCAUUGUACAGGCCCAAACUGCUUUAUCCAAUGGGUUGAUUCUGUUGUACUGCAGAAUGGUUUCUCUCAUACUUUUGAUAUUCAGCAGUUGUUUUUCAUAACACUUAAUUUCAUAACACUUGAUUUUUGUUUUGUUCAUUUUGACAAUCCAUAAGUAACAAGAAAGAAGAAGCGCCCUUGAAGAAUGUUAGUGGCGGGUAAGGAUGGUGCUGCUUUGUGGGGUGAUGUAGUCAGGCAGACAGAAAUGCACUUACAUGUUUGUGUUGCAGCUGGAACCUGUGGCUGCCCUAUUGUCCUUAAACCAUAUUCUUUCCAAUCUUGCAAAUCUUGUGGACCAGUGGAAGACCUGGCAGUAUUGCCACUGUUUGUAUUUACGAUUAGCAAUUGAUAUAAAUUACCUUGUCAAAUGAAAUUGACUGAAUAUUAAUAAUAAUUAAUAGCUAUAUUGUAAUUUAUAAUUUUCUGUUUCAUUCAAAAGUAUUUAAACAACACAAGAGUGCUUAAAUUAUGAAUGUAUUUUUUUAAAGUAUGUUUUGUUCAUAAAGGCAUAUUCAGAAAUGUUGUUCAUAGGUUAAGAGAUAUAUAUCAAAGGGCACUAGCUUGCACCCGAACAUACAAAACUUAAACUUAGUUGUACCAUAAUCUAUUGAAUAUCAUGUUGGUGCUUUAUCAAGAUUGUAUUCUGGUGAAUACAAAGCCAGUAAGUAUUUAACUAUUUAGUCAUAAGUCUAUAUUCAAUACUGUAGCCCCUUAUUUUGCUGUACCAAGCUUUCCAGGCUGGCUGAUAAGAGACUUCCUAAAAAAUGAAUUUCAUGCUUUUCUUGGGUAACUUCUACAGAAUCAUAAAAAGUUGAUUUUUAAAUAAUCUAAAAAGAUGCAGGA